AUGGAAUCUCUGGAUGAAGUUGUUCACGAGAAGUUUACUUAUGUCUUUAUUCCAUACCAUGAUUCAGAUAAAAUAGAAGUUAGAGAAUUUUCUGGUAAGGAGGUGAACUUCAAAAAUUUAAUGCGUUCACAUUUUUCCAGUAAAUUAAGAAGUAGUGAAGUUUCUAAACUACAAGAGACAUUUAAUAAGGAAUCAAAGGCUUCUGAUCAGCUUAUUGAACAAGCAAUAUUGAAUAGCCAGAAUUAUGAAAUUAUAAGUUUAGUAUUACCAAACAAGAAUAACAAUUUUAUAGCAACUAAUGCAUAUAUUGAUUCAAUUGGAAGAAUUAAAGAGAUGCCUAUUAAUCCAAGAGCAUCAAAGAUUUGCUCAACUGAUGUAAGAGGGGACUGCUUUAUUUCGUCAUCAUUUGAUGACGAAUAUGUCUUUAAAAGAGUUAGUUUUGGUCAACAAGAUUACGAAAAACUAUAUAAAGAUCCUCCAUCCGCAGCAAACAGAUGGGAUGCUUCAAAGAUAUCAACAAUGUUAAAUAAUCCAACAGAUUUACUAAAAAGUAAAGAGGAAGAUAAAAUAUUAAAUAGGUGUGAAAGUUGCAGGAAGCAGUCUGAGAAGACUCUCUUAGUCUGUAGUAGGUGUAAGAAAGCAGCAUAUUGCAAUGUUGACUGCCAAAGAAAGGAUUGGAGUUAUCAUAAACAAUUUUGCAAAUAA